AUGCGGCCCAAUCUCGCCGACGAGCUCGUCCCCGUCCCCCAUCCCAGCGAACGGGGUGGACUCGACGCGCUCGCCACCGCGCUCAGGCGCUCCGCGUCCGUCGCUGUCAUCAUCGUCUUCCUCCUCGGGACCGUGUUCUAUAUCAUCACCGAGCCGGAACAUGGCACGCGGGCACAGGCGGCACACAUGCUUCGUCGGUGGUUAUGGGCCGGGGACGAGGUCAUCAUCGCGAUCAAGGCCGAUCGGUAG